AUGUCGUACAGAGUCGCCGCCCCCGAUGAGUACCUCGCCAUCACGGGUAUGUCCGUGAAGACGGUCAAGAUCACAAAGGCAGCUUGGGUAUGGCCUUUCCAGCGCUGCAUGCGCUUCCGGAUCACGCCCCAUGACUAUGCCAUGAGCCUGCAGGCCAUGACCAAGGAGAAGCUCCAGUUCCUCCUGCCUGUGGUCUUCACCGUCGGCCCCGACGUCAACCAGCGCGGCGCCAAUGCCGUCCACAGACCAAGCCACUCCGAAGCCUCUGAGCAGCAGCAGCACGACGAGGAUGACAACUACAUCUCCUCCAACCGGCGUGAGGAUCGCGGUGAUGCCCUCAUGAAGUACGCCAUGCUCCUGGCCGAGUCCGCAGACCAGAAGACCAGCUCUCUGGCUCACCUCGAGAACAUCGUCAAGGGCAUCAUCGAGGGCGAGGUCCGCGUCCUGGUCUCGAGCAUGACCAUGGAAGAGAUAUUCACCGAGCGCGAGGUCUUCAAGCGCCGCAUCUUUCGCAACAUCCAGUCCGAGCUCAGCCAGUUCGGCCUCAAAAUCUACAAUGCAAACGUCAAGGAGCUCAAGGACGCGCCCAACUCGAACUACUUUGAGUCACUUUCCCGCAAGGCCCACGAGGGCGCCAGCAACCAGGCCAGGAUUGACGUCGCCGAGGCCCAGCUGCGCGGUAACGUCGGCGAGGCGAAGCGCAAGGGCGAGCAGGAGCGCGAGAUUGCAAAGAUCAACGCCGAGACCGCCGUUCAGAAGACGGACCGCGACAUUGAGCGCGCCACCGCCGAGGCGAAUCUCGCCACCCGCCAGGCCUCCCUGAGCAAGGACGUUGACAUUGCCCGUGUCGAGGCCCGCCGCGCCCUCGAGUCCAAGGACGAGGACCUCAAGCGUGAAGUCGAGGUCAAGCGCGCCGCCGCGGAGAUUGAGCGCCUGCGUGCCACCGAUGUCGUGAAGGCCACCAUCGAGCGCGAGGCCCGGCAGCAAGAGGCCGACGCCGCGGCGUACGCCAUCGAGGCGGACGCGAAAGCAAACUUUGAAAAGAGUCAGCGCGAGACCGAGGCCAAGGCCUUCAAGACGCAAAAGGACGCCGACGCGCACACGGCGGCCGAGUUCAACCGCACCACCAAGACGGCCGACGCAAACGCCUACAAGUCCCGCCAGGACGCCGACGCGCACCAGUACUCGGCGCAGCUGACCGCCGAGGCCGACCUCACCCUGAUGCUCAAGAAGGCCGAGGGCAUGUCGGCCAUGGCGGAUGCCUACGGCAAGAUGUCCACGGCUUUUGGUGGGCCGGCCGGUCUGCUGCAGUACCUGAUGAUCGAGAAGGGCACGUACGUUGAGCUGGCCAAGGCCAACGCCGAGGCCAUCCGCGGCCUGCAGCCCAAGAUCAGCGUCUGGAACACCGGCAGCCAGGCUGGUGGUGAGGGUGCUGCUGGCGGGAACUCUGGUAUCGACACCAUGCGCAACGUCUACCAGAUGCUGCCUCCCCUGAUGACGACCAUCAACGAGCAGACUGGCAUCACGCUGCCCGAGUGGCAGUUUGGCAAAAUGAAUGCCGGUAUGCAGGCUAUGCAGAAAGAGAACGGCGCCAAGGUCAACGGCGCCAAGUAA